AUGACCCAUCCUCCCAUGUUCCACCAGGUCACCUCGAUAGUCCAAGAAACUCAACAAGUUACUGAUCAGAAAGAGAUGCCAACAGCCGAAAUCCCAGAAACUGUGGAGAGAUCGAAACACGAUGUCGGUUGGCGAAAGGUUGUCCGGAAUUUUACGCCAGCCUGGUUCUCUGUGAAUAUGGGAACAGGAAUCGUGUCAGUUCUCCUCAACACCCUCCCUUACAAUGGGCAGUGGCUUUACUACAUCUCCAUCAUCAUUUUCAUCUUGAACGUGGCGUAUUUCACUGUCUUUCUGGCCAUUACUCUCCUGCGCUACAUCUUGUAUCCGGAAAUUUUCAGGGUUAUGGCCACUCAUCCAGUUCAAUCACUCUUCUUGGGAACGUUCCCAAUGGGGCUUGCCACAAUGAUCAAUAUGUUUUGCUUUGUCUGUGUAUCUCGUUGGGGUGAUGGUGCAGCCUAUUUUAUUUGGGCAGUGUGGGUUUUCGAUGCAGUGGUAUCAGUCCUGGUUGCCAUGGGAAUACCGUUUCUACUGACAACGAGGAAGAAUGGGCUCGAUCUUUCCUCUAUGACUGCUGCUUGGCUUCUACCAAUUGUCUCGUGUGUUGUCGCGGCGGCGUCGGGUUCCAUUGUUGCAGAUGUCCUGACGGACGCACAACUUGCCCUUGCUACCAUCCUAGCAAGCUAUAUUCUCUGGGGAAUUGGCGUACCUCUCGCGAUGAUGGUCAUCUGUAUAUAUUUGCAACGCCUGAUGUUUUACAAGCUUCCACCAGAAGCAAUGCUUGUAAGCGUGUUUCUUCCCCUGGGUCCACUUGGACAGGGUAGUUUCGGUAUCCAAAAACUUGGAAUAAGUGCCCAAACAAUUUUUCCAAAGACGAGUACCCUGAGUGUUUCAACCGGUGCAAUAUUCUAUAGCGUCGGAUUUUUGAUCGGAAUCUUAUUAUGGGCUUUUGGGGUCGUUUGGCUCUCCUUUGCAGUUGCAACGUCGAUAAAGUCCAGGAAAUUCCCUUUCAAUAUGGGAUGGUGGGCUUUGACCUUCCCAUUGGGAGUUUUUACCGCUUCCACCUGCACCAUAGGCCAGGAGCUGCCUUCGCGCUUUUUUUCAGUGCUUGGGACAGUAAAUUUUUGUUUUCGCAGUAGUAAUGAUCGAUACUAA